GAGCCGAACCGGCCCAUGCUCUCCCCUAACGGAAUGUAUGUAAAUAAACGAGUAGUUUACUUUAAUACUCGCAGCAAAUCUGACUUUUUAUCUAAAUCUUUGCCACGAAGCUUCUGCUUCUCCUUCCGUGUUUAUUUUGCAUCCCAAAUAUCCGCAUCUUAUACUCGUGUAUUACAAUCCCAAUUCAAUUUUCAAAACCCUAAUUCCCCAAAUUACUAUCAAUCGAACAAGAUGAAGAGAGUCUUUGGUGUUAAGAAAGAUAAAGAGCCCCCUCCUUCCCUCAACGACGCCUCCGAUCGGAUAAAUAAAAGAGGUGAAUCUGUUGAUGAGAAGAUUAAAAGGCUCGAUGCUGAACUUGCUCGAUACAAAGAACAGAUUAAAAAAACUAGACCUGGUCCAGCACAAGAAGCUGUCAAAUCUAGAGCAAUGAGAGUACUAAAGCAAAAGAGAAUGUACGAGGGACAGCGAGAUAUGCUUUACAAUCAAACCUUCAAUCUAGACCAAGUUGCAUUUGCUUCUGAAGGAAUUAAAGAUGCUCAACAAACUAUGACCGCUCUGAAGUCAGCAAACAAAGAAUUAAAAGGAAUGAUGAAGAGUGUGAAGAUUCAAGACAUAGAUAACUUGCAAGAUGAGAUGAUGGACCUGAUGGAUGUGAGCAAUGAAAUUCAAGAGUCUCUUGGUAGAAGCUACAGUGUGCCUGACGACAUUGAUGAGGAAGAACUCAUGGGAGAGCUUGAUUACUUGGAAGCAGACAUGGGGUUGGAGACUGAAAGUGACUCGGUACCUUCAUAUCUUCAGCCUGAUAAGGAAUCAGACUACGAUGCAGAACUUAACUUGCCAUCAGCACCUACUGGACAGACAGCAAUGCAUGCUGGGAGAGCUAAUGGGCAGGAAGAAGAUGAGCUUGGUUUACCAGCAGUUCCUCGUGCAUCUCUUCGUGGUUAGACGUCUGCAGGGCUGGAUUGAUGGAGUGCUGUUGAUCAUUAAUGCAUUAUUGAUACAAUCUAAGAUGUGUGAGCCCUUGUAAACACUUUGCUAUGUAAUUGUGUAAAGCAUUCUUUCAAGUAUGGGAGGUUUGUCAUUGAUUGAUUAAUAAAUGUGUUAUAUUUCCUGUGACA